UCUCCUCCUUCGAUGGAGGAUGUUGCAUCCGCGGGCCUCUUAACAUUUCCCGGGAGCGUUCAUCUUCUUUGCGUUUCCGUCGCAGAUAUUAAGGAUGUCUGGAAGGUUGGCAGCUUUUUCUUGCCCCGUUGAUGACAUCCGGGUAUAGGUCCAUCGCGCAUCGCUGAUGUAUUGAAUGUUGCCACUAUUGUUGUAGCUCGGUGAGCGCGGUUGGGGUAGAUAUUCUUGGUAAACAGGGUGGAGGCCUUUUUUUCACUGUUGCAGCCAAAGAUGCUACAAGGCUCAAAUAUCUUGGGGCACGAGAGGCCCCUUGUCAUCAGGGUAUCAUUUGCCACUUGUGUCCUGGCCACUGUGUGCCUGCCGCUGCUCGGACUCAUAACUUGUGUCUUCAUUUCCGCUGUUUUCCAUUUUGAAGAUGCCACUGGUACACAUUGCCAGGUUCCUAAUUACCUGCCAUCCAUUAGUGCCUCAAUAAGCCUGAGUCCUGAGUGUCACAUCUGGCGGUUCUGCAUAGGAUUGCACUCGGCACCUAGGUUGCUGGUGGCGUUUACUUACUUCAAAUUUUACAGGGCGCGCUUUGCCACCAGGCUCCCCGAGAGGUCACUUAGCUGCUUGAACCUGGCCUUUUCUUGUUUUGAAAACCUCGGCCUGCUGCUCCUCACGUAUGUGUCAUCCAACGAGACGUACUUCGUACAUAAGGAAGGUUUUGUCCUGUUCAUUGUCAGUUCCCUGAUCCACAUGCUGAUAACCUGCCGCUUAUGGAAGGCUAUUAAGAAGUAUUCAUUAAGUCCCGAGGAUGCCAAGUCUCACCUCUGGAAGGUGCGUUUCUUACUUCUCAACGUGUGCUUCUGUGCUUUUGCCGGAUUCUUUUACUGGAAACACAACAUGUACUGUGAAUCAGGGAGUUAUACAUUCUUCGCUCUGUUUGAGUACCUUGUGGUUUUCUCCAACAUGGCCUUCCAUCUCACAGCCAUGUGGGACUUUAAGAGCCGGGAGGUCAUGGUCAUCUCAUCCUCCGAAGAUAAAGACUUCUGACUAGAAACUCAAGGACUAAGAACUAAAUGCACAACUCCCGAACCGCCGGAUGGCAACAGCCUUGAUUCUGCUCAGGAGGAGGAGGAGUGUGACGAAGGCCUUUUCCAUAUAUACUUUCACGAGGACAGCCCUCGAGAGGGUGUAGAUGUUACAAACACAUGAACAGAACAUGUGCUGCUUUGUAAGUGCAUUUGUUUUGCCUCAGUGUCUAAUUCAUGGGUGCCUUUCACCUGCAUAUGGUUUGUUACGUAACGUGAAGUUUUUUCAUUUUUGUACAUGUCACAGCAAAUGUGUGGUCAUACUAUAUGUGUGCCAAAGUAAAGUGACUAUUCUUCAA